CUAACGAUGCUAGCCGCUAAAAUAGCUACGUUAGCAUUUGAAUACAAUGUACUAUUUAAUGCUAUUUGGACCGGUUCGUUUCAGAGGAUAAAAUAUCAAAACGUCGAACUUUCAUGCCGUAAAUAUAAGACUCAUCAAACUCAACGAACAUCGGUUUGACGUUUUUCUGUUGGUGCACUUCACUUUGAAGGCGACUUUGAGACGUAUUCCGUCCUCUGAUACGUCACAAAGGUUUCGUCACCCUUUCAUCUUUCGCUUUAUAAACGUUAAAUAACACCGUGUCGACACAAUUGUCUUCUCGCAUUUCAUGUGCAGUAGUGAUUAAAUGCUGUGGUCAGAAGCCCUUUGAGGUAGUAUGAAAGUCGAAAGCUGCGUGCCCAAUAGCGACGUGAAUGAGAAUUCAUCGGGUGAAAGCCAGUCUCGCUCAAAAGAGUUGGCCCUUCUCGAUCUCAUGGAGAGGACGGGAUACAACAUCAUGCAAGACAACGGACAGAGGAAGUAUGGGGGACCCCCACCUGGUUGGCAGGGCCCGUCACCUCCACGGGGAUGUGAGGUUUUUGUUGGCAAAAUUCCAAGAGACAUGUUUGAAGACGAACUGGUACCUUUGUUCGAGCGAGCUGGUAGGAUCUACGAGUUCAGACUGAUGAUGCAGUUCAGUGGAGAGAACCGUGGCUAUGGCUUCGUCAUGUACACAGAAAGGGAUGCAGCUCAGAGGGCAAUUGUGAUGUUUGACAACUACGAAAUCCGUCAAGGGAAAUGCAUUGGAGUGUGUUUGAGUCUGGAUAACUGCAGGCUCUUCAUUGGCUCCAUCCCUAAGGAAAAGACGAAGGAAGAAAUACUGGAGGAGAUGAAAAAGUUGACUGACGGUGUGGUCGAUGUCAUUACUCCUCCUGGUUAUGACGAGAAGGGCAGGAACCGCCAUUUUGCAUUUGUUGAGUAUGAAUCUCACAAAGCAGCAGCCAUGGCUCGGAGGAAACUUAUUCCAGGAACCUUCCAGUUGUGGGGGAACACGAUCCAGGUGAACUGGGCCAAGCCUGGGAAGUCUGUGGACAAGGAGGCCAUGCAACUGAUCAAAGUUCUAUAUGUGCGUAACAUUAGUGAGACAACCACUGAAGAAACUCUGCAUCGGGAGUUUUCACGCUUUAAACCAGGAUCUGUUGAGCGAGUCAAAAUGUACAACAACAACUCCGCCUUUGUGCACUUCGGUUGUCGCGAAGACGCACUGACAGCAUUGAAGCUCAUGGAUGGAGCCCUGAUUGAUGACUCUAAAGUGGAGGUGAUACUGGCCAGACCUGCCAGGAAUAAAGAGAUGAGUGCAGUCAGAAAGAGGAACGACAACAGCGGGUCCCAGGGAAACAAGACACGAGGAAGAAUGCUCAGUUCUUGCGUUCGGACUAGCUAUGAUGGAGGGGAUGAAGUUAGAUGGACUCCCAAACCCAGGCCACGCUCACCUGAAAGCAGGCCAGGCAUCAGUGUGUCUAUAGCAGACACUUGGGAACCAACCAACCUGGUUACUUCUCCUCUGUAUCCUGGAAUGCCACUCACCCCAAUCAGCCCUCUGUCUUUGAAACAGAGUCAGAUUUACUCGGCUGUCAGCCUGCUUGAAAUCUACUGCAGCAAAAAUUCAUGGUCGCCGCCAGAGUACUACCUUUAUUCAACGCCAGGGCGGGAGGGAAAAAUGCUGCUGGUUUACAAGGUGAUAAUAUCAUCACUGCAAAGCAUGUACAUGCCGGACAGGCUGUGUUUGCUGUUGGAUGACGCUAAAGAACUUGCUGCGCGGACUGCACUGUUUAGCAUAGAGUCGUCGUAUCCGACUGGCACAUCCUGUUACUCCUCUAGAUGCACCUCCCCUUGUAACUCCGUCCCAGCUGCUGCCAGUCAAGGAUAUCCAAACUUUGGUGGAGGAACUUUUGCCCCGUGCUGCUCCCCACUGCCUCUUACUCCCACUCUGUUUCUUCCACCACCACCUCCCAUCACCCCAUUCUGCCCCAUGUCCACUUCUACACCCUGAUCCCACAGGCCCCAUGUUGCUCCUCAUUCUACUACUGUGCUCUCGUGUUUUGUCCAGGUAAGAGUUGAUGGGAUGUGUCUUCUUAGGCUUGGAAUGAGACUGAAAAGUGAAGGCAGUUUUGUUAUUCUUCACUGUUUUAUGUCUCUUAUCCCGUUGGCGGGUCGUUUCCUUUUGCAAAGAUGGCGGGAUCUGUUUUAUCCGUCGUCCUGUUUUCCUGCGUCUCAGCCAAAGUGAGGCUUUAUUUCAGAUCAGCCACUGAAGCCUCUUUUCCUUCGCCUCGAAUUCAACCGCAAACCCACCAAAGAUAGUGGCUGUUUUUUUACAAAUCCUGCAAAUACCGAGGAUUAUCUCGACCUGUGCGAAAUGCCGCCCGUCUGCUCACUGUUCACCUCACAUUACCCAAAAUGCCACGGCCAACAGUCGACUCUGCCGGUGUCAUUAUCAGCCGAUUACAACGCUGCUCUCUAAUAUUCACCUGUUGGGUAAGUGCUGGUUGUUGGUGCAAGAGUUCCCUCAACAUGAUCCAAGAAAGGUCUUUCAUCCUCGAACAUGAGACCUAAUCUUGGCAAAGAGAGAGAGAGGGUUUCAAAGAGAGUGCCAGAACAUCUACUGCAGAAUUAUUUGCAGCUACGCUUCCCUUUUGUAUCAUCCACGAGGACGAUAGAAAUCCAAGAGACUUUUGUGUGAUGAAGAAACAUGUUUGUGACAUUUCUUAAAUGAUCAGAGACAAAUUCAGAGUCACAUUGUUGUUCCCUUGAUGUACACAGAGGAAACGACUAGGUUUAUACAUUCGAUUGCGAUUUGGACUUUGGAGGGAAAUGGGUAAUGGUUUGGGCAGUUUGGAGUCCCAUUCCUAGUUUCAGAUGUUAGUAACCAGAUUUCUUUUCGGUUUACUUACCUGUUCAGCCUGGCUUUGCAUUCAAUAUCAACGUGUUCAGAUUCUGAAACAGAAAGUUAAUUUUCUCAUUUGGUUUAUUGAGCUUUGAAGUAACUUAAGUUGUGAGCUUUCAUAUCACAGCAGAGUGAAUGUAUAGCUGGAAUAUCACUCUGCCUUGAUUCGUAAACACUAAUAUAUCUUUCCCACUGCCUUCUUAUCUGUUCUGCACUUCAGAUCUUAAUUGCUAAACUUAUCUCUACUUAGAAUGUCUAUGUCUACUCUGUAAGUGACAGUUGGUAAAAAAAAAGCAGAGAAAAUGUGACUAGAAAUGCAACAGUUGUUUUUGUGAUUCUUUUUUCUCUCUGUUGUUGACCUGUGUUGUCUUAGUCACUGUCCAUGCUGUAUAUCAUACGAAUAAAAGAUAAAC